GAGCUGCCGCCGCGCCCGCCCCGCCGUGCCGCGCCCGCCGCUCCGAGCGCCGCCUCCUCAGUCCGCGCCGCCGCGAUGGCGGAGGACAGCGAGUCUGCGGCCAGCCAGCAGAGCCUGGAGCUGGACGACCAGGACACGUGCGGGAUAGACGGGGACAAUGAGGAAGAGACUGAGCACGCCAAAGGAAGUCCUGCAGGGGAUUUGGGAGCCAAAAAGAAAAAGAAGAAACAGAAGAGGAAAAAAGAGAAGCCUAAUUCUGGAGGCACCAAGUCCGACUCUGCAUCUGAUUCCCAGGAGAUUAAAAUUCAGCCGCCUUCAAAAAAUCCCACCAUCCCCAUGCAGAAGCUACAGGACAUCCAGAGAGCAAUGGAGCUACUCUCCGCAUGCCAGGGCCCUGCCAGGAACAUUGACGAGGCUGCAAAACGCAGAUACCAGUUUUGGGAUACGCAGCCAGUACCUAAACUAAAUGAAGUCAUAACAUCUCAUGGUGCAAUUGAGCCAGAUAAGGACAAUGUACGUCAAGAACCGUAUUCUUUGCCACAGGGUUUUAUGUGGGACACUUUAGACUUGAGUAAUGCCGAAGUGCUCAAGGAGUUAUACACCUUAUUAAAUGAGAAUUAUGUAGAAGAUGACGACAACAUGUUUCGCUUCGACUAUUCACCUGAAUUCCUGUUGUGGGCUCUGCGUCCCCCAGGCUGGCUCUUGCAGUGGCACUGCGGGGUCAGAGUGUCUUCAAAUAAAAAACUUGUAGGUUUCAUAAGUGCUAUCCCGGCAAACAUCCGCAUUUAUGACAGUGUGAAGAAAAUGGUAGAAAUCAACUUUCUUUGUGUUCAUAAGAAAUUGAGAUCAAAACGGGUUGCCCCAGUGUUAAUUCGAGAAAUAACUAGAAGAGUGAACCUGGAAGGAAUCUUUCAGGCUGUAUAUACUGCAGGAGUUGUUCUUCCUAAGCCGGUGGCCACGUGCAGAUACUGGCAUCGAUCCCUAAACCCCAGAAAAUUGGUAGAAGUGAAAUUUUCUCACUUGAGUAGAAAUAUGACAUUACAGAGAACAAUGAAGCUUUACAGACUUCCGGAUGUUACCAAGACUUCAGGUUUGAGACCCAUGGAACCAAAAGAUAUUAAAGCAGUGCGAGAAUUAAUCAACACUUACCUGAAGCAGUUCCAUUUAGCCCCAGUGAUGGAUGAAGAGGAAGUAGCCCACUGGUUCCUUCCCCAGGAACACAUUAUCGACACGUUUGUAGUGGAGAGCUCCAGUGGGAAACUGACUGACUUCCUGAGCUUCUACACGCUUCCGUCCACAGUCAUGCACCACCCUGCUCAUAAGAGCCUCAAAGCUGCCUACUCCUUCUAUAACAUUCACACAGAGACACCCCUGCUGGACCUCAUGAACGAUGCACUCAUUAUAGCUAAAUUGAAAGGAUUUGAUGUAUUCAAUGCACUAGAUUUGAUGGAAAAUAAGACCUUCUUGGAAAAACUCAAGUUUGGUAUAGGAGAUGGUAGUUUGCAGUAUUACUUGUACAACUGGAGGUGUCCAGGAACAGAUUCUGAAAAGGUUGGACUUGUACUACAGUAGAUAGCUGUGUUGACUUCUAGAAGUCUGGCAUCCUCAUUUGUUCAUAUCCUAUUUAAUGAUUCCUGGAACCGCCAUUCCAAAGAAGAAUAAAAGCACAACCUAAGUGAAAUUGAAGUAGUUGGUAACAAUCAGCAAAGAUGAAAAAACACCCCAUGUGUGACCAGUUGUACACAUUCCUAGUUAGAAUGUUAAAAUGCAUCUUUUCUUUUUUUGCUGUUUACCCACUUGUGGGAGGGAUGAAAAGGUACAAAGAGCACAUUUCUCUGGUUUUCAAAUUUUUGGCUUUCUUGGUGAAGUGAGGGUAGUUUUCCACUCUCUAGAAAGGGAACUGUUUUUCUAUGAACUAAAGAGAAGUCACAGCCUUGUGUAAGAAAAUCUCUGCUAUUGUGUGGAGAUAAGCUGCUGCAUUUCUAUUUAUUAAGUGGUGGUGUAUUUGUCUGUAUAAUAGAACAAAGGACCCAUUUGGAAAACUUUUAUGUAUAUCACCUUACAUGACAUCACUGGGAACAUUUAUGGAAUGACAAAUAUGGAGCAAAAUGAAAAUGUACUGAUUACUAGUACAUUAUUACUCCAUAGGCAAAGUUGCCAAAUCAGUAAACACAGAGAUUUGUACUUUGAUCUUCAGUAGGUCAAUAGAUGGUUUCAAAAGCAAAGUUUGAGGCAAACAUUAAGUGUGCACCCUGAAGAGCAUACACCUGUGAAUGACCAGACUUUUCCACUGCUGCACCAUCUCCAGUUUCUUCUCAGCAACAUCAAGGAUACAUGAGGGAAAGAAAAUAAAAACUCUAAGGUCAAAACUAAUGCCGGGUUGCUUUAUUAGUGCUAUAAGGCAUUGAUAGUUUGAAUGUUUUUAUUACUUAUGCAAAAUUGCACAUAUUCCUUUAUGCUGACUUUUAAUUUAUCAUGAACUGUCAUGCUAAUGGAAAUGUCUUAUUUGUAAAUAAGUAUUCAUAAUUUUGUUACCAAUGGUGUUUUUACCUAGAAUUUGAAAAACAAGAGUUUCACAGUGUACAUGUAUGUGUAUAUAUCACCAGUAAUCCAAGGGAUAAAUAAGAUGCUAAACAAGGCUGCAGACUGGCCUUUACUCAAGUACCACAAAGUAGACACUUCUUCCUGCCUUUACCGUACCAGUGCCUCGGCUGCUCAGUCCAGAAAAAGAUAAAUUAUGUUAGACAGCAUAAUGGCAUUCCCUUCAUGUUUUAAGUAAUCCAGUAAAACCAGUCAUUAUCUUAAAACCAGACAGGGACCAUCAAGUAUGGCCCCUGGACUUAAUCUGGCCCAUCAUCUGUUUUUGUACAACACAGGAACUAAGAAUGCUUUUUAUCUUUUUUGAUUGGGGGGAGAUAGUCAAAACAGUGACAUUUUGUGACAUGAAAAUUAUAUGAAAUUUAAAUUCAGCAUUCAUAAAGUUUCCUUGGAACACAGCCACCCUUUUGUUUGUGUCUCACCUGUGGCCACUUCAUGCUACAAAGGCAAGUUGGGUACUUGUGCCAGACUGUAUGGCCUCCAAAGCCUAAAAUAUCUGUUAACUGUCCCUUUUUAGAAGGUCUGUGGAUCUUCAUUUACUAAGGAGUUGAAAACACAGGUGUGGCACCCAAGACUGCCACUAGAGGGGACACUUGGGCCCCACAGUAGUGCCUAACUGGUUCAAACAAUGUUCUUAAAAGACACAGGAAGACUUAUCAUUUCACAGGGUUCAAACUUAGCUGCAUUCCAUUCUUAACAGAAGGAGAAAAGCAUCAAGAAACAAAACUGGACCAAUUCACUAGAACACUCCUUGGGAACACCAGCAUUAAAUAAGAAUUUACACACUCUGGAGUCAAGGCUUAUUUACAUAUUCCAGUUAUAGAAUUCAUGUUAUUUACUUGAUUCUUAAAUACAAUCAAUAUCACUGUCCUAUUUAUAAUUCAAGCAGAUUACCAGUGAGCAUUUUGGAGAAUCAGUACAACUUAAAUGCAAUAUAGUAUUUAGAAAUUUUUAAAAAAUUGUCCUGUAAUGAAAAUGCUGUAUCUUUUCUUUUUAAUUUGUGCCAAGAUGGCACUAAGUAAAAUCUAAAUUAACAGAUGGCAUAAUCUACUGAGUCAUCCAGAUUUUAGGCUGAAACUUUGGCAAAACCAUUAUCUUCCCCUAAACUACAAAAAUAACUUUUCCAAAUAUAUAUUAUAGACACUUAACACAGAACACUAUGCUCACAAAAUCUUGCCUGAGAACUCAUGCUCAAUUUUUUAAAAAAUUUACUUCUUGCCACGUCUCACCUAAUUGCCAUCACAGUUUUCUGUUUGGUUAUGUGUGUGCAUGCUCAUGCACAAACACACUAAGGAUUAAAUUUGGGGGUCUACCACUGAGCUAUGCCCCUACAACUCCCGUCAUACUUUUUAUACAUGUUAAUUUCCAAGUAAGUUAACAAUACACAGGAAAAUGAAUCCUAAUUAAAAUACUUUAUCUGGCUUACUUCUAUCCCAUUGGGCCUUCAUCCCAAGCAGAUGUUUAUGCCUGCCUACAAGGAAAGCCAAACUGACAUGAAGUAAAAAAAUAUAUUCCUUCUAAAGACAAAGUAUUGCAAGGCAUUUGGUAUUUUUCCUUUGAAACUCAAUGCUCCCAAUCUAGUUUCAUUGACCGUACUUAUUAGAACCAUGUCUACUGUGGCACAUUUUCCAAGUUUGAUGGGAAAAUGUUAGGUGUUGUAGGCUACAGAUGUUCUUGCUAACAAGCAUUGUACCAGCCUUUAAAACAGUGAAUUUAUACAAGCAUGGACAUUAGUUUCAAUAAACUUUUGUUUUCAUAUUCA